UCCACUCUACUUCUACUUCAAAAAUAGGAAAAAUGUCAACAUCAUCGCCGCUAAAUGUUAGAAAAAUAAAUAAAUAACUAGAUAAAUAAAUAAACAGUCUUCUAUUUGCUAAUUACUAAGUAAAAUGACCUUAUAUCACUAAGCACAAAUAUAUUACACAAAACACCAAAGAUUUUUAACGCAACUAUAAAAAUGGAUCCAGUGAUAUUCUUCUCACUUAUAAUUGCCAUAUAUUUUGUAGUAUUUUUCUUAGAUUGCUUCUUCAAGAGUUGCAUGCACUACCCCUGGGAACAGUUCCUUACAAACACCGGUCUUACCAUUAACUUUCUGCGCUUUAAAUGGUAUACAACAGCUUUUAAUCGAACUAUCUUUAAGUGGGGUUCCGCUGGCAAUAAGUUCCUUACGAAAUGGUUUACCUGCGGAGUCUUAGUUUCCCUGGCGAUGCUUCCUCUAGCUUUUAUCAUUUUGUUUAUGACAAUAUUUAAUGGUCACAAAGGAGGUGAAGCAGGAACAGGAGCAGGUGGCGGAGGCAGCACGGUAAGUGAUGUUAAAAUUCAGAUCCUCUUGCCGGGAUUCAAUCUGCCGCUGGAAGAGAUUGGAUUUUAUGUUUGCACAUUAGCGAUAUCGACAGUUGUCCAUGAACUGGGACAUGCUUUGGCAGCGGUCAUAGAAGAUGUCCCUCUCAACGGUUUCGGGUUUCAGGUAUAUUUUUGCAUACCCAUAGCCCAUACGGAUAUCGCCUCGGAACAACUUAAUUCCCUGCGUUGGAUGAAAAAACUGCGCAUCCUUUGCGGCGGAAUUUGGCACAAUAUCAUAUUCUCGGCCUUCUGCUAUCUGAUAUUCUCGAGCUUUGGAUUUCUUAUCACACCUAUCUACAGUACCAACCAAGCGGUGUUUGUGACCGAAGUGACAGCAAAAUCCCCGCUACGUGGAGAACGUGGACUGCAGGCCAACGAUGUCAUAACGCAAAUCAACGAUUGUAAUGUUCGAGACAUAGACUCGUGGUACGAUUGUCUCAUUCAGUCGUUGCGUACAAAGCCAGGGUAUUGUGUUUCCUCGGACUUUAUUCGCCUGAAUGACGAGAGUGUGGUGAUUACCCACCAUGGAAGCGAGGGAGUGAUACAGUGCUGUGACGCUAAGAACUACGCUCAAUGCUGCUACGAGUACAUCGAUGACCUGAGCAACGACGGACCAAUAGAGAUCCCACAGCAUGUUUGUCUUAACAUACGCCUGACCAUCGAAGAUUCAUACGGAUUCUGUUCAGGAGCAUGUGACCGAGGCUUUUGCAUUCGGCCCUUACUAAAGAACACCACAACGAUCCUUAGCAUUAAGCGAGAGAAAAAACCGGACGUCAUCUAUAUGGGCCAUCCGGGGGAUGUGUCGAAAUCCGUUCGAAUCUCACCGUUUGUUCCGAAGUCAGGAAUAUUCAAACCACAAUUGGCAGAUGCUUUUACUCUAUUCCUGAAGUACAACAUCGUGUUCUCUCUGGGUCUAGCUCUAGUCAAUGCCCUGCCGUGCUUUGGCAUGGAUGGAUACCACAUCUCUAGCACAAUUAUCAAUAGUUUUCUUGUUAAUCGAAUAGCCGAAAGAGCCAAACGAGAGACCAUCGUUCUCCUGGUCACGGGUUUGGGGACGUUUCUCUUUAUAUGCGCUGUGUUUAAGGUUGUUUGGGUUUCGCUCAUAAAGAAUAUGUUCUAAAGCUUCAAUUUGGAAAAUAAAUAUUUAUUAAAGACUAACUGAACAAAAAGAUAA